GAACCAAACAGGAAGUAGUGCGAGAGCGGCUGCUGAAAAUGUUUACGUUCAGUUUAACGUUCGUACGACAAGCCUGUGUGUCCUGUCAGGUGUUGCAGCAUGCUGUGUGGCUACAUGUGUGCCUUGGGGAAACGCAGUACAACAGGGAAAAGCUGCUGCAAGGUCAAGGUGUGGACACGCUGCUGUCAGAGACAGGUGUGCAGCAGGCUGAGGCAGCGGGACAAUACCUCAAAGACAUCUCGUUUACCAAAGUGUUUGUCAGUAACCUGCAACGAGCUGUACAGACAGCAGAGAUAAUUCUGAGGAACAACACUCAUUGCUCUGGCAUGGAAAUGGUUUUGGAGCCGCUACUCAGAGAGCGAGGUUUUGGUGUCGCUGAAGGGCGUCACAAAGAGUAUUUGAAGAACAUGGCGAAUGCUGCAGGCCAGUCGUGCCGUGACUACACACCACCGGGAGGAGAGACUUUAGAUCAGGUGAAGCUGCGAUUCAAAAAAUUCCUCAAAGCUCUUUUCAAGCAAAUGCUGGAUGAGCACCUCUCAUCAGGACUGGCUGCCUCUUCAGGAGCUUCAGCAUCUGGAGAUGUCGCCCAGGGGACCGCGGCCGUUGCCUCCAACACCCCUCCCCGCUGCUCAGCUGACGGCCUUCAGGGCGUGCUUGUCCACACGCUGGUGGUGAGCCACGGUGCUUACAUUCGUGUAGCCAUCUGGCACCUUGUGGAGGACUUAAAUUGCGCUCUACCUGCAGGGGCGAAAAUGCAGCAAGUGUUUUCCCCCUGUCCGAACACGGGCAUCAGCCGCUUUAUUCUCACUCUGAGUGAGUCUGAGUCUGGGCCGGUCCUCUCCGCUGCUCGCUGUGUUUUUACCAACAGGAAGGACCACCUGGAGAACCUCGCAGAUGGUGAAUAGCACAAAAGAAAAUAAAGGGGUAGAUGUUCUCUGCUUGUGUGUAUAUAUACACACUAUCUGAUGGAUGAUGGAACUAUUAUAAGCACUAAUCUAGCACAGGUAACUGAAGGCUACGUUGCACAGGGUAAUUCAUGUUUUCUCAGUCGCUGUGUUUCACUGUGGAUCAACGCUCAGAUUCGGUGUACAGUUCUGUUUCAUCAUGAAACCAUGUCUGUCCAGCUGUAGGCCAGUAAGGUGACCUUUCAUAUUUAAAUUGUUUAAAAACUGAUCAUUAAAUUGCCUCUUUUAUCGUGUUACACCAAAGUUUGAAGUAUUUAAUGUAUUGUGGCAUUUCUUGUGUGGCAGUUGUGCUGCUGCUCAUUUUAUUGUGUGCAAUAUUUCGUGAGAGCACUGAUACUUUGAGUUUGUGUUUAACAUUUCAUACAAUCACAAAUAAUGAGGGGAAAAAACAAGUUGCACAAAUCACAGAAUGCUGUGAAAUUACUUGCAGGACAUUUGUGGAUGUAUUGUCUUUUUUCUGGGUGCUACAUAUUCAUAAGAUCUUUUUAUGUUGUCUGACAUCAUUUUAUCUCCAAUAAAUGACUGAUGCAGCUCAUGAUGACCUCAAUCAAUAAA